AUGGCUACUGUAGACAGAUAUCCUCCAGACAUCCCCCAUCCAAGUAAAUCAUCCAUCCCACAGGCUAUUCAACCCAUCCAGUCCCUACAAUCAUUACCACUCGAAGAGAAUCCAUCCAUCCCACCUAGCCGACAUACUCUCCGAGUCCUCAGCGCAUUCUUGGUCUGCUUCACCGCUGGUUGGGGAGAUGGAGUCGUUGGAGUCGUGCUUCCAUACAUCAACCUGCAAUUCAAGCUCUCGUACACCUUGUCCGCCACUCUCUUCGUCGCAGUUUCGUCUGGGUAUAUACACCACUUUCUUCCUUUCAAAAGCUCCUAUGCUUCCAGAUAUGUCAUCACGGCUUUUACCAUGGAGCGCACGACAAACUACUUUGGACGCUUCCCACUCGUCUCCCGUCGAAGACUCUUCUUCCCGCUCGUCUUGCCUUGUAAAGAUGUCGGGUUUUCUCACACUCAAGGCCGCUCGUUUCUCAUGACAAUGGCCGCCUUUCUUCACGUCUGCUUCCUCCUCACCGCCGCCUCCUCCAAGACAUUUCCAGGCGUACUCGCCGCCUUUUUCAUGAACGGAUUCGCCAAGGGAAACAUGGUCUCAACCCUGAAUGCGUACAUGGUUGCGAACCCACACACGUUUGGUCUCGGACACAUGCACGCCUGCUUUUGCCUCGGAGCCCUCGUCUCACCCCUCGUCGCUCAGACCGUGCUCGCCCACGGUUGGCAUUGGCAACAAUUCUACUACGCCUCUAUCGCUCUCUCCAGUCUCAACCUGUUCCUCGUGACGUUUGCGUUUCACUGUGCGUCCAUCGAGUUUGCGCGCGAUCGGGAGAGUGCGCUUAGAGCACUCGGAGGUGGACUCCGGGUGGUGCGAAGAGGCGAAGAGGCCGUUGUUGUCGACACAACUCUACGCGUUGAAGAGGUUCAAGCGUCGCGGCACAACUUGCCUAGGAAUAUGUUCAUGACCGCUCUGAGGACACCUGCCGUGCUUGCUUUUGGAUUCUUCGUGUCCAUGUACACGGGGAGUGAGGGCGUGACAAGCGGUUAUAUUGUUACCUACCUUCUCAAGACGCGAGCCGCAGACCCAUCUCGAGUCGGAUAUGCCAACAGCGCCCUUUGGGCUGGUGCUGCGAUUGGACGACUCUUGUUGGGGUAUGGAGCGCCGUAUAUGGGACGCCUCAAACCGUACUGGAUCUUUGCAUUCCUUCUCCUCGCCAUUUCUUUCCACAUCUCCAUCUGGCUCGUUCCCUCGUGGACAAUAGGAUGGGGUCUCACGGCACUCGUUGGUCUCUGCAUGGGACCCGUCUUCCCGCUCACUCUAGAAAUCGCCUCGCGCUUCGUCUCGCCGGCUAUCACAAGUUCGGCCCUCGCGAUCAUGUCAUCCAUGGGGAAUCUCGGAGGCGCGUUUUAUCCCUUUUUGACUGGCUUGUUGUCCAAUGCCAAGGGAGAAAAGGUCAUUGAGCCCCUCAUCGUCUCGCUCAUGUCCACCAUGUUCUGCUUUUGGGGAGCGACAAAGGCAUAG